UAUUACGGAACUUGUUUUAUAAAAGCCAUCUAAAAACAGUAAACAAGUUUCUGCAUAUGUUUAUGUAAAUCAUGAUAAAAUAAAUCUGAUAAUCUCUUAAACUACCUAUCGCCUUAUUUUUAAUUCACAUUUAAAAUGGAGAAGUUGAGUGAUCACGAUAAAGCCGUCCUAAAUUGUAUUUUUAAUCCAAACUUGCCUAUUGGAGAAGCCGAAAUUACCAAUAAUGUCGAUAUUCAAGAUAGUGAAGAAUGCACCGCCAAAAAUUUGGAAACAAAGCAAAUGGAACUAGAAGCUAUACAACUGGCAGAGCAAGGAAAACUUCAAGAAGCUAUAAAACUCGUAAAUAGCGCAAUUGAUGCGACACCAAACCGACCUUCGUUGUAUAACAAUAGAGCACACAUACUACAAUAUUUGAGGCAAUUUGAUGAUGCACUUAAUGAUUUAACCACUGCUAUAAGUCUAUGUACAGAUCAACACAAAAAAACCUUAUCACAAGCCUACACCCAACGAGGUAUUUUAUACAAGCGUAAUAACAAAAUUGAACUGGCCAAGGAGGAUUUUGAAAAUGCUGCAAGAUUGGGAAAUAAAUUUGCAAAAUCUCAGCUAAUUGAACUGAAUCCAUAUGCCGCAUUAUGCAACCAAAUGCUUAAACAAGUAAUGGAUCAAUUAAACUAAUAAAGAUGUAAGCAGUUUAUAUAAUUUUAUUUUAAUAUAUUUUCAUGUAACUAAAAACUGAAA